GGGGGAGCGAGGAGGAGGAGGAGGAGGAGGGAGAGAGCGCGUGUGUGUGGAAAAAAAAAAGGAAGCAGAGGCUGUGAACGAAAAGCGAACUUAAUGAUUUCCUACCUUCCCGAACUAGACCUCUCAAUCUAACCGAUAUACUUUUCAACGCGCAAGAUAUCAAGGAGAUACACCACGGCGAGGGAAAAAGGGGGAAACGAAGGCGAACCGUGUGUGUGUGUGUGUAUGUGUUUUGAGGGGGAAAAAAAGGCUGCCUCGACGAUUUGUACGUGAUUACAUGAUCAAAGUGAGUGCAGGCCGUCUUUUGUUGAGGCAAAGAGUGGCGGUUUUCCUGUGUAACAGCGAAAAGAAUAAACGUGUAUGUGCCGGAUUUGUUUCAGCCCUCUGGUUUCUUGGACUUGGCCCAGCACACGGAGUUCAUUCUGCAUGGUUGUCCUUGGCGAGGAUUUGGGUUUUUGAAGUUGCUUUGGAAGUCUAGAGUCAUCAGACUGGCGGCUUUUCUGGAACACUGGGGCUGUUGGUGUGGCUGAAUUUUCCCUGGAUUUGAUUGGUCAAUUCAGAAGACUGAAGCCCAGGCUGACAGUCUACCUUUCACGGAGGCCCAGCCGUGAGAGGACUGAGGAAGGCACGUGGCGAAUCAUGACCGCGGACAAAGACAAGCCAGACAGAGAGAAGGACAGGGACAGAGACCGAGACAGGGAGAGGGACAGAGAGAGGGACAGAGACCGGGACAAGAGGGACAAAGCGUCCAGGGAGAGCGAGAGCUCACGACCGCGCCGCAGCUGCACGUUGGAGGGCGGAGCUAAGAACUACGCCGAGAGCGAGGACGAGGAUAACGAGAACAGGGGAGGUGCCGGGGCAGUAGGCGGGAUCAACAUGGGGAUGGGGGAGGAGUCAGGGAAGAAGGGAAAGAAGAAGAUGAUCAAGAAGAAGUCGAGGUAUGAACGGAUGGAGAACGGAGAGAUCACUUCCUUCAUUACUGAAGACGACGUUGUUUACAGACCUGGCGAUUGUGUAUAUAUGGAGAGCCGCAGGCCCAACACUCCCUACUUCAUAUGUAGCAUUCAGGAUUUUAAACUGAGUAAACGAGACCAUCUGUUACUCAGUGUUAAAUGGUAUUAUCGUCAGUCAGAGGUCCCUGACUCAGUCUACCAACACCUGGUGCAGGACCGCAACAAUGAGAAUGAUUCUGGCCGGGAGCUGGUCAUCACAGACCCAGUGGUCAGGGGCAGAGAACUCUUCAUCUCCGACUAUGUGGACACAUACCAUGCUGCUGCCCUCAGGGGGAAGUGUAACAUUGCCCAUUUCUCAGACAUCUUCGCUGCCAGGGAGUUCAAAGCUCGCAUCGACUCCUUUUUCUACAUCCUGGGAUACAACCCAGAGACCAGGCGACUAAACAGCACACAGGGGGAGAUCAGAGUGGGGCCCAGUCACCAAGCCAAGCUUCCUGAGUUGCAGCCCUUCCCCUCCGAGGCCCCGGGGGUCCUGACUCAGGCUGUAACAGAGAAUGAGGAGCUAGUGUGGAUGCCAGGGGUCAACGACUGUGACCUGCUCAUGUACCUCAGGGCUGCAAGGAGCAUGGCGGCCUUCGCUGGGAUGUGUGACGGAGGUUCUACAGAGGACGGUUGCCUAGCAGCCUCGCGAGACGACACCACACUCAACGCACUCAACACGCUCCACGAGAGCUGUUACGAUGCAGGCAAGGCCCUACAGCGACUGGUGAAGAAACCUGUUCCCAAACUCAUAGAGAAGUGCUGGUCGGAGGACGAAGUGAAGCGGUUCAUUAAAGGGCUCAGACAGUACGGCAAGAACUUCUUUAAGAUUCGGAAAGAGCUGCUACCCAACAAGGAAACGGGUGAGUUGAUAACCUUCUACUACUACUGGAAGAAGACUCCUGAGGCAGCGUCGUCCAGGGCCCACCGUAGACACCGUCGCCAGCCUGUGUUCCGACGCAUCAAGACACGCACCGCCUCCACCCCCGUCAACAUCCCGUCUAGACCCCCCUCCUCAGAGUUCUUAGACCUGAGUUCAGCCAGUGAAGAUGACCUGGACAGUGAAGACAGUGAGCAGGAGCUGAAGGGUUACGCCUGCAGACACUGUUUCACCACCACCUCUAAGGACUGGCACCACGGGGGCAGAGAGAACAUCUUGUUGUGUACAGACUGUCGUAUCCACUUUAAGAAGUACGGCGAGCUGCCCCCCAUCGAGAAGCCCGUGGACCCGCCUCCGUUUAUGUUCAAACCCGUCAAAGAGGAUGAGGAUGGACUCAGCGGCAAGCAUAGCAUGAAGACCCGACGCAACAGAGGAUCGAUGUCGACGCUCCGUAGUGGCCGUAAGAAGCAGACAGCCAGCCCUGAUGGACGAGUGUCUCCAACCAAUGAGGACCUCCGGUCUAGUGGCCGUACCUCCCCCUCUGCAGCCUCCACAGACAGCACUGACAGCAAGACAGACCCCAUGAAGAAACCCAGCAAGAAGAUCAAGGAGGAGUCUCCUAUGAAGUGUGCCAAACGCCAACGAGAGAAAGGAGGAGCCUCAGACACCGAGGACACGGACAACAGGACCAUCGCAAAAAAGUCCAAGACCCAGGAGCUGGGUCGGUCCGACUCGCCGUCAGAAUGCGAGGGAGAGGGAGAGGGCGAGGGAGAGAGCUCCGAUGGCCACAGCGUCAACGAGGAGUGUAGCAGUGACGCUAAAGACAUCGACCAGGAUAACCGCAGCUCCUCGCCCUCCAUCCCCAGCCCCCGAGACGGGGAGAGUGACUCGGACUCCUCCGCCCAGCAGCAGCUGCUCCUACUGCAGAGGAGGGAGAGAGAGAGAGAUAGGGAGGGACAGUCGCAGCACCCUCCGGUUAUCCAGUCCUGUCAGCCAGGGACCUCCGGUGGUCGCUCCACCACCCCGCCAUUACCUCCCACGUCCUCCACAGCCCCCUCACUGGUCCCCCAGGUGUCCUCUCCCUCCGCACCCCCCACUUUCCUUCCACUGCCGCUACCGCCUCCCAUGCCCCAACAGGCCGGCCCCCUCUCUCUCAACCAAUCAGGGGUGUCCAUCCACCCCCAGAGGCGGCCCUCUCCCUCGCCUCAUUCUCCGCUGCAGGGGAUGUCUCAGGCUCCACCCCCAGGACCCCAGUCGCUACCUAGCGCGCUCCACGGCCCACAGCCCCACCCAUCAUCCAUUCCCCACCCACUUCAGGUUGGCCCCUCCCACCUGCCCCACCUGCCCCACUCCCUCCCCCCCCAGUCUCAGGUCCCGCCCUCCCCACUGCCUCUCGGCCAAUUGCAGCAACCGCCCCACAGGGUCCACACGCCUCCCAGCCAAUCGUUGUCCCAGGGUGUAUCGUCCAAUCAACUGCCCCGUGAGCAGCUCCUACCCCAUGCCCCCUCCAUGUCUAUGCCCCACAUCAAGCCCCCUCCCACCACCCCCAUCCCCCACAUGCCCAACCGCGACCCCCAGUCUCACAAACACGGCCCUCCACACCUCUCAGCGCCCCCCUUCCCCCAGAUGCCCUCCAACCUGCCCCCUCCGCCCGCCCUCAAACCCCUUUCCUCCCUGUCCGCCCACCACCCUCCCCCAGCCCACCCUCCUCCCCUCCAGCUCAUGCCUCAGGGCCCUGGCCAGCAGCUCCAGCCCCCACCAGCCCAGCCCCCUGUCCUCACCCAGUCCCAGAAUCUCCCCCUUUCAGAGAGAGAGAGAGGCAACCAGCACCCCCCUCCUCUACCUCUCUCUGGACCAUCGCAAUCCUCCCACCCCAACACACCCCAACAGCCCCCGUUCCCUCCUCACCCCUUCAACCCUGUCCUGCCCCCCUCCUCCGCUGGCUGCCCUCCCUCGUCCUCGUCUCUACCACCAGGCCUCCAGCCCCCCUCCUCCUUCUCCAUGCCCAUCACCGCCCCCGUCGGCUCCGCCUGCACAGGUCCUGCCGUCCCGCCUGUACACAUCAAGGAGGAACCGCUUGACGAAUCAGAGGAGCCCGAGAGCCCUCCGCCCCCUCCUCGGAGCCCCUCCCCCGAGCCAACCAUCGUCAACACGCCCAGCCAUGCCAGCCAAUCAGCACGGUUUUACAAGCACCUGGACCGUGGGUACAACACGUGUGCCAGAACAGACUUCUACUUCACUCCUCUGGCUGCUUCUAAACUGGCCAAGAAGAGAGAAGAGGCGCUGGAGCGGGUCAAGAGGGAGGCGGAGCAGAAAGCCCGGGAGGAGAAGGAGAGGGAGAGGGAGAAGGAACGAGAGAGGGAACGGGAAAGAGAGAAGGAACAGGAGAGAGCUGCGAAAGCCUCCAGUUCGUGUCAUGACAGUCGUAUGGGUGACCCCCAGAUGGGUGGCUCCGCCCACAUGCGUCCUCCCUUCGACGGCCCCCCUACCUCCAUCGCCGCGGUGCCCCCUUACAUCGGCCCCGACACGCCCGCCCUGCGCACCCUCAGCGAGUACGCCCGCCCCCACGUCAUGUCCCCGACCAAUAGGAACCACCCCUUCUUCGUCUCCCUCAACCCCAACGACCCCCUGAUGGCCUAUCACAUGCCUGGCCUCUACAACGCCGACCCGGGCAUGCGGGAGCGCGAGCUGCGAGAGCGGGAGAUGAGGGAGAGGGAGAUGAGGGAGAGGGAGCUGAGAGAGAGGAUGAAGCCUGGGUUCGAACACAAACCCCCGGAGCUAGAAGGCAUGCACCCCUCGGCGAACCCCAUGGAGCACUUUGCCCGACACGGGGCCAUCUCCUUACCUUCCAUGGCGGGACCACACCCCUUCGCCUCCUUCCACCCAGGUCUCAACCCCUUGGAGAGGGAGCGUUUGGCGUUGGCCGCGGGACCCCAGCUCAGACCAGACAUGAGCUACCCGGAGCGGCUGGCGGCGGAGAGGCUGCACGCCGAGAGGAUGGCGGCGGUGGCCAACGACCCUAUCGCCAGGCUUCAGAUGUUCAACAUCACGCCUCAUCACCACCAGCACUCCCACAUCCACUCACACCUGCACCUUCACCAGCAGGACUCCCUGCACCAAGGCGGUGGUGAAUGUCUUGUGUGCCCUCCAGGUUCGGGGGGGCACCCCCUCGUAGACCCCCUGGCAGGAGGCCCCCACCUCGCCCGCUUCCCUUACCCGCACGGCACAAUCCCCAACUCCCUCCUGGGACAGAACCCACACGAACAUGAGAUGCUGCGACACCCCGUCUUCGGUACUCCGUACCCCCGGGACCUUCCUCCCCAGAUGUCCGCAGCCCACCAGCUCCAGGCCAUGCAUGCCCAGUCUGCAGAGCUGCAGCGGCUAGCUAUGGAACAGCAGUGGCUGCAUGGUCAUCACCACAUGCACGGUGGCCCACUUCCUGGCCAAGAGGACUAUUACAGAUCAUGCAGACGUUUCAAGUGAUCUCGAGUUCCAGAAAUGGACUCCUUUUACAGAAAAACCUGAUGCCGCCUGAAGAAGGAAAGCGACAAGCAACUGUAACUGACCAAUGGGGGGGGGGACGCGGAGACACGCAGGAAGUUGCCUAGGACACAGGAAGUAGUUACAGAACAGUCAGUCAAUCAAAGGAACCCAACCUCUGCUCCUCCAAAAACACAAUUCUCCUUACAAAAACAACGGAAGCUGAAGACGGAGAGGAGGGUUGAUCUAUCGUCUGUUUUCUUUCCCUGUCUGUUUGGAGGGGGGGUGGGGGUGCUUUUUUUUCUGUUUUUUUCCCCCACAAAAACAUUAAGAAAGACUUUGUUUGGUGUAACUAUAGCCUUCAAGUAGUGACAACGACCUCGAGACUGCAUGAAAACUACUGUAAAAGCUUCCACAACGUGUUUCGUAGGUGGUAGAAAUGCAAGACACUUUGUCACUGUUGCUAGUCGACGGAGAAGACGAAGACCAGUAAAAGCAUCCUUCCAGACAUUAUAGCCGCGGAAAGAUUCAGAACAAAGUGCUAUAUUAUUUUAAUACAUUGUUGGAGGUUUUCAUCAUUUUUUACGAAAAGCUGCAGCAUGGCGUUAUUGAGUCUGUAAAUAGUAUAUCUAUCUAUAUAUAUAUAUAUAUAUAUAUAUAUAUACACAUACAUAUAUAUAUAUACAUAUAAGUAUUAUAAUUGUUACUAGGUGUGGACUCGGAACCAAGUCAUUUAUAAACCUCCAAUAUGUUAUUGUGUUCUGAAGCAUUAUUCCAUGUUUUAACGGGGGAGGGGGGGCAGAUGGUGGUCCCAGACCUGAUAUACCUUAGAGAGAGCGGUAUAGUCCCAGACACCUAUCAUUAUACACCCCUUAACAAGCACCUGAUUGGCUAACAGAAUGCCUGAACUCACUGUGUUGUUGAGGUAAUGUUUGACACACACUUGGAAGAGGAGUCACUGAGUCAUCUAUGGAUCAGCAUACUCUCCGGCCCUGUCCUGCCCUGUCCUACCCUACCCUGUCCUGGUCUGCCCUGUCCUACCCUGCCCUGUCCUGCCCUGCCCUGUCCUACCCUGUCCUACCCUGCCCUGUCCUACCCUACCCUGCCCUGCCC